UACAUAGUGGCAAAUAUUAGUGAUAAUUAGAGGAUAGAAGUUUUCUUCUCGAGGAUGGGGGAUUCAGGGGAUUCUUUUGGGAAUUUCCCGUAUCUUUUCGUGUCCACUCUCGAGGCAAUCAAUUAAAAAUUUAUGAUGCUAUUGUGAGGUGUUAUGAAAGACAAGAGAGAGAUAAUGGGGAGAGAACAAUCGGCCAACAUAUACACUCUCGUGCGGUGAAAAUUUAAUUUUAAUCUCCAGCCAGCGAGAGAUACUCGAGCUAAAUCAGUGAUGAGAGUCCAAGGAGGGGGCGAUCAAUUGGCCACAGUGUAGGCGUCAAUGUGCAAUCGUUGCAGAAUACUUUUUUUUUGUCGUUUUAGCACUUGAAGCAUAGUUAAUACGAGAACUACCAUUACUUUUGUAUGAACAAACAGCAGGAAGUUGAUGAUGCACUGGAUUAUAAAUGCAACAGUAUACCGGUUUUGCUAUUCUCAUGAAUAAUAUUAAGGGCAUUCACGAGAGUUGUGGAGUUGUCGCGCGGAAGAACUCCAUGAGCUUUCAGUGCGACUUCCUCCAUCUCGAGAGCUACUCGGAUAAGGUGCUCAUCCACCCACCGUUCAAUUGCGUUCUGAUCUAGUGCUAAAUAUAAAAUCCACGCCUGUUCGCAACUGCGAGUUGAGACUUUUUAAAGUGAAAAAAAAAACAGUGUUUGUGAGACUGACGCACCAUAAAGUGUAAAUUAAUAAUCCCAUCAUUUAUACGUGGCCCCUUUUCGCGUGUGAUUCCCGAGGAUGUCACCCACCAAUGGAACAUCCAUUGAACUGGCUCAGAGUGAUCAGGAGCUGAUGGAGAACUCUAGCAGGAGAUGGAAUUAUAAAAAGAUUGCCAUCAUUGGAGUGGUUGUUGUUGUGAUCCUGGUAGCCAUAAUAGUGCCAGUUGUCCUGCUCACAGGAAAAAGUGAAGAUCCCCCACCAGGCAAUAAGACUCCGAUUGAGUUGGAGGAUGUGCUAACUGGACGUCUGUCAGCACGAAGAUUCAACGGAAGUUGGAUCAGUGAUCAACAUGUGUUAUUCCGCGAUAUAAGUGGAGAUGUUGUGUUAUACGAUGCUACACAGAAAAGCCGGAGAGUUCUAGUCAGUACACAGAAUGAGAAACUGGCUGAAGGGGUGAAGUUUGAUCUCUCGCCAGAUCACAACUACCUUCUUGUGGCGACGCAGCACAAGAAAAUCUUCAGGCAUAGCUUCCUGGCGCUCUAUGACAUUGUAGAACUUAGCUCCGGAGCUAUCUAUCCAGUCACAGUUGGAGGACUUCAGGUUCCUCUGAUGUAUGCUGAGUGGAAUCCCGUGUCCAAUGCCCUGGUCUUUGUUCAUGCCUCCAACAUUUACUACCAGCCGAGUGUAACUGGAUCUCCUGUUCAGGUGACAUUUGACAAUAAUCCUGCGGUCUACAAUGGAGUUCCAGAUUGGGUGUAUGAAGAGGAAGUCUUCUCCUCUAAUUCUGCCCUUUGGUUCUCACCAGAUGGUCAACAUCUGGCCUUUGUACGUUUCGACGAUACUCCCACCCACUUGAUGAACAUCCCCUUCUAUGGUCCUCCUGGAAUCAUGGAGUUCCAGUACACCAGGGGCAUUGGCAUCUAUUAUCCCAAAGCCGGAACUCCCAAUCCAACAGUUAGUGUCCAUGCUGUGGACCUGACGCGGUUGUCUGAAAGUACACCACCGACUCUUGUUCAAUUGCCGCCGGCGCAAGAAGUGGCAUCAGAGGAGCAUCUUAUCACUGCCAUCAAAUGGACAACAAAUAACACUGUUGUGGCCGUUUGGAUGAACAGGGUUCAGAAUAGAUGCUACCUCUCGAAAUGCAACGCAGACACAGGGGACUGUCAAAGAAUUCUUAGCUUGAUCAGUUCUGAUGGCUGGGUGGAGUUCUUCGAUGCUCCGCUGAGCAGUGCUGAUGGUUCAGAGAUUGCAUUUAUAGCUUCACAACCUCAGUCAGGCGAUGCGGGCUCCUAUCGACAUCUUACUGUGUUAUCUACUGAUUCUGGAGCAACCCGGGCUGUGACGAGUGGUCGCUUUGUGGUCACUGAGGUUCUCCAGUGGGACCCUGUUUCAAACGUCAUCUUCUUCAUGGGUAACACAGAGACUCAUUCAGAGCAGUUGCAUCUGUACGCUGUGAGAGCUUCAGGAGAUGCUUCGAUGCAGUGUCUGACAUGUCAAUUGCCAGAAAGCGAAGGACAGAGUUACUACGGGGCUACUUUUAGUUCCGGAGGAAACUUGGUCACGAUCUCAGCCUUGGGACCGAAGCUCCCAACGGUACAUGUGUACAAUUGGGCUAUGGAUGGGAAUGCCAAUAUUGCUCUAACUCAUAAUAUGGCAUGGGAAACAAAUGAGGAACUUGGUGAACUAUUGGAGGAGCAUUUAACGCCAAUGAUUGAGAAGGAUGUCAUUGAAUUGGAUAACGGUUUCACGGCCAAGGUGCUAAUGCUACUUCCGCCAAAUAUCGAUCGUUCCAAAAAGUAUCCUAUGCUCAUUGACGUCUACGGAGGACCGGAUUCGUACAACGUAGUCGAUCGGUGGUCAAUGGACUGGGGUGCCUUCCUAACUGUCAACCGAUCUGUAGUGUACACUAAGAUUGAUGGACGUGGAAGUGGACUACGGGGAGAUAAACUUCUCCAUCAGAUCUAUCGCAACCUAGGCACAGUGGAAGUCGAAGAUCAGGUGGAGACAGCUAGGAGAUUACAACAGAAGCAUUCUUUUAUUGAUCCCAAGCGAACGGGCAUCUGGGGAUGGAGCUAUGGAGGAUAUGCAAGUGCAAUGGCUCUGGCCAGGGACGGGAAUUCAACGCAGAACGGAAAAGUGCUUAAUUGUGCUGCAUCUGUAGCACCGGUUACCGAUUGGACUUACUACGAUUCUAUCUACACGGAACGUUACAUGGGUUUGCCAACUGUUGAGGACAACAGAGAAGGUUACGAUCGUUCGCGUCUCAGUACCCUCUACAACAAUUUCCGGGACAAGAAAUUCUUCCUCAUCCAUGGCACGCUAGACGACAACGUCCACUACCAGCAAUCAAUGGCCCUUUCCCGGACUUUGGAACAGAACGACGUGCCCUUCAAGCAGCUCACAUAUCCAGAUGAAGAUCAUGGCUUGGCUGGUGUACGGCCUCAUCUCUACCACUCUCUGGGGCGCUUCUUCGACGAAUGCUUCGCCCCAGGCGGAGGCGUCUGACGUCCUAAAUUGCCAAUCGCCAUCCAACCGUCCGUGUCUGUGUCCUGGUGACCGAGGGUAUAACCCCGGAUCACUUGCAUUCCACGUCCUCGCAGCCUAGUCAUCUGCUGAGCUCGCCACACUAAUUUCGCGUACAACUAUUGACACGUUUUGUGUUCAAUAUCCGUCGUUUUAUUUUGUCUCCGUUUAAUAAAGAAUUUAAUUUAAACAGUU